ACAAAACUUUACAGAAAACUGUCAAGUGUCAACAUAGGCAGUUCACAGCUGGAGUAUAAAUAAAUUUUCACAAUAUUUGUUAGUAUUAAUUAUUGUUAACGUUAGCGCGGUUCCUGAGAGGUCCGUCGCUUUCUAAUAUCUUUCAGUAUCGUAAUAUAUCGCCACUAUGAGAUGGACCGUGCAUAUCGAGGGCGGACCUAUGCGAGUCAAUCAUGCAGCGGUAUGUAUCGGCGAAAAAAUAUAUUCCUUUGGAGGAUACUGCUCGACCGAGGAAUAUAAAGAUUGGGAGCCAAUACCUGUACAUGUCUUGGAUACAAAUUCUCUGAGAUGGGCGCCAGUGAAUUAUAAAAGAACUGAUGUAGCCCCUUUCCAAAGAUAUGGGCAUACCACCGUUGCGUAUGGAGACAAGGUUUUUAUGUGGGGAGGCCGAAAUAAUGCUGUGGCCUGUGACACUCUGUCAUGUUUCGACACUAAGACAUUAGAAUGGAGCACUCCAACUGUAUCAGGUAUGGUACCUUAUGCCAAAGAUGGCCAUUCAGCUUGUGUCAUUGGAAACAAAAUGUAUAUUUUUGGAGGUUUUGAGUAUCUCACUGAUCAGUAUUCACGAGAAGUACACUGCCUCAAUCUUGACACUCUGCGAUGGAGCUACAUCGAUGCUCGUGGCACAGCACCUUCUCACAGAGACUUUCACACCGCUGUGGCAGUUGGACACAAAAUGUACAUCUUUGGUGGACGUGGAGAUUUGAACAGCCCGUACAAUUCUCAAGAGGAAAUAUAUUGUCCCCAAGUAUUCUAUUUAGACACUAUUGAAGAAAAAUGGGUAGCUGUGAAUCCUGGUGGGACAUGGCCUGAAGGAAGGCGCAGCCACUCUUCCUGGAUUUACAAGGACUACAUGUAUAUUUUUGGAGGAUUUAAUGGAAAUUCCAAGACUCACUUCAAUGAUCUCUACAGAUAUUCUAUCACAGAUAACAUCUGGCAAUACAUAAAUGUGGGCGGCUCAGUUCCCUGCAAGCGGCGACGUCAAGCAUGUCUUAUUCAUAAAGAUGUAGUGUACCUGUUUGGAGGUACAAGCCCCUGCCCUGGACCUAGUAAUCGUGCACCAGAAAAUUUGGAUGACAACCCAGAGAGGUUGAUUGAUAACAGUGACUUACACCUCCUGGACUAUCAACCAUCUCUGAAGACUUUGUCUAUUCUUGUUGUGUUGGAACACAACAUUGACACGUCUAUACUCCCACGUGAUAUCAUCAUGGAUAUACGUUUGAUGACUCUGCCAAACCGCAUUAGCAGGCCCAUUAACCAAUCUGGUUAGAAUGCUAGUUAUUUGUAAAUGCAGCUUAUGUGGAAUACACACUGAUGAAUGUGGUGGAAUGACAGAAUUUCAAUUGAGUGGAGGCAUGUAACUCAAAGGUUUUGUACACAUAGUGUGCUCCCUACAUUGUUUUAACGCAUAUUAUAUUGAACGUUACAUUUAGUCAGUGUGUAUGCACCAGAAGUUGCUUUGCAUACUUACACUAUUUAUAUUUAGUCAUUAUAAUAUUUCGCCUAUACCUAUUUAUAUUAUACUUGUAAGUCUUAGGAUGGAAUAAAAACAUUUCUGAAAUGUCUGUACUACAUGAGUAUUCAUAAAAUAAAGCAAUGUAACACUUUGUUUGGUUUAAAUAUAUGAACAAACACGGUACCAAAUGAAACAGUUAUCAUAAAUAUUAA